AUGGGGAAUUGCUUGAUGACCAAAAAAAUUCUAGCACAAGAUGAAGAAGAUGAGGCCCAAAGGUGUGCAGAAGUGAUGGAAGGGACGAAAUCGGCAACGUCAUCGACGUUAGGAGCAGUACGGCCAAUCGGUGGUGGUAAGGCAAAGACGGUAAGGUUCAGAACACUGGAAGGAGACGCGGACGACAGAGAAAGAUGCGGUAAAACAAAAGGUGGGGUUGUGAGGAUCAGACUUGUGGUGACCCAAAACGAAUUGUGUCAUAUUUUGAACACCGAGUCGAAGUAUACUUCUGUGGAGCAAUUGUUGGGUGCAAUGAAGCUGAGUAGUAGUAGAAGAGUCUCUCAUCAAGGUAGAACAAGUGAUGAAGGGAUGAGCAGCACUUGGAAGCCAGCUCUAGAAAGCAUCCCAGAGGACCGUUAAUGGCUAGC